AUGUGGUGGGGAUACAGUCCUGCAUUAGACAUACAAUUUGAAAUUAAUAAAUAUGGAACUAAUUGCCCAAAUGAAUAUCUUGAAGUAUUAAUUGUUGGUGCUAGUGAUGCAAGACAUAUUUUAAAAACAAUAGCAUCAUCUUAUUUAUAUAAUGAUCGCAUUAUUAUAUAUAAUGUAAUUGAAUCAACAUUGGAACAAGUUGCUAGAUCUAUUCUUUUAUUAAAUACUUGUUUAGAAACAAAUUUGGGAUUGCAAGAAGCAACUAGAUAUUACUUAGAGAUAUUUGGAAAUACACUAAUAAGAUCUGCAACAGCCAAGUAUUUGAUAAAGUCCUCUAAUCACUUAUCAAAUAUACCAACAAAUACAAUUGCAUGUCCUUGGUUAAGUUUGGAACACUUUAAGUAUAAAGAUAGAGACCAACUAGAAGCAAUUUUUAAGUUUUGGGAAUGUGCAACACGUGAGAAUGUUCCUAUUAUAGAGUAUUGGGAUCAAAGAGUUAGAAAAUCAUUGAAAACAAGAUAUGAUUAUCGAGAUGGUGUUUUUGAUUGGGAUUAUCAUAUGAUUUUAAAAUAUAGAGAUAUUUCAAAUUUAACAUUGCAAGAAUAUCGAUUUUGGAGAAAUAAUGGAAUUGCAUUUACUUGGUUAGAAGGAGAACCUAUUAGAAGUAACCCAACAUUAUUAAAUAAAGUAAUAGAACGAAGGCCUGGAUUUUUACCUUAUAUCUAUUUAGGAGACAUUACAAAUGGUCCUUUUUUUACUUGGGUUUUACAGACAAAAGAAGAUAGUUAUAUAUAUAGAGCAACUGAUAUAGCUGAACGAGAAAUUAUACAAUCUCUGUAUAAAAUCAGGACUCAAAAACCAAUAUGUGAAAAGUUCAUUGCAUCACAUAGAGAUCCUUCUAUAUUAAAUGGUACAUUGGUAAUUGAAAUGCCCAAUAAAGAAAUGGAGCAAGAAUCAUGGAAAACAAAAGGAAAUAAAUACAAAAACAGUCUAUCUUGGAUAAAUAUUCAAAAUCAUAAAAUAAUCUUUCAUCCUGUUACAUUCUUAGAAAUUGUUACACAUAAAGCAGAAUAUGUUAAUAAAUUUGACUUUAUCUGGAUAGCUCAGAAUAUGGUGAAACAAUUACCUACUCUUACACCGUUACUGAAAGAAACAGGAAUCAUAUUGGUAGAAUUACAAAAGUAUCUGGUUGAGUUACGAGACGAACAUUUACUGAAUUUUGUAAAGGAUUUAAAAAGUAUGGCUCAGCAUCAUGGGUUAUAUGAAAUUAAUGAUAUAAAUGCUAAAGAACAUCAUACUGCCAGAUUUCGCAAAUAA